GGAAGCGAACGGGCUGGAAUGGAAAGUAGUAGAUUUGUUGUCAAAACUUUUCAUCCGAUGUUUUGUUUUCUAUAUUGAGCCACGUCACUCGCACACAGUGCCAUAAUGGCACCCCGAUAUCUGCAUCUGUCAAGAGGCUGCAGGAACCUUCUCCGCGCUCUGCUGCCAAAUGUCACAUCAACAAAAGGUGUUCAAGCGGCUCAGGGUGUUGGGCAAAUUGUCCUAGACAGAAGAUCUUUGCUCGCACAGGUCUUGGGCACCUAUAGAAGAUUAAGCUCCAAACCUCCCAAAGGAUUUGAAAAAUACUUUCCAAAUAGCAAGAAUGGUGGUCCAGAAAAUCGUGAGCCUAAGCCAUCCAACACAGAAGUCAAAGAGGCCAUACCAACCAAUGAUCAGAAGGCCACUGGUGGAGGAGGAAGUGGAGGAGGAGGAAAAAGAGGGGGGAGGAAGGAUGAAUCCACCUGGUACAGCCGUCUCCAAAAGGGUGACGUUCCGUGGGAUGACAAAGAGUUUCGUAUGUAUUUCCUAUGUGGAGUGGCCUUCUGCACAGCUGUCACAUAUAAUUUUUUCUUCCGAGAUGGAGGAAGAGAGGUGACCUGGAAAGACUUUGUAAAUGGGUACCUAGCUAAAGGAGUGGUUGAUAGGUUGGAGGUCGUAAACAAGCGAUACGUAAAAGUAAUUUUUACUCCUGGUAAAACUCCAGUUGAUGGGCAAUAUGUCUGGUUCAACAUUGGCAGCGUGGACACAUUUGAGCGAAACCUGGAGACUGCCCAGUUAGAGCUGGGUAUUGAAGGAGAGAACAGACUGCCAGUUGUCUAUUCCACUGAGAGUGAUGGGUCGUUCCUCCUUAGCAUGUUGCCCACAGUACUGAUCAUUGGGUUCUUGCUGUUCAUGCUGAGAAGAGGGCCAGCUGGGGCAGGGAGGCCAGGGAGGGGCAUGGGUGGGCUCUUCAGUGUCAGUGAAACCACCGCCAAAGUGCUACGAGAUGAGAUUGACGUCAAGUUCAAGGAUGUUGCAGGCUGUGAGGAGGCGAAGUUGGAGAUCAUGGAGUUUGUUAACUUUCUUAAGAACCCAAAGCAGUACCAGGAUUUGGGUGCCAAGAUUCCAAAGGGGGCUAUUCUGACAGGACCCCCAGGUACAGGAAAGACUUUACUAGCCAAGGCCACUGCAGGGGAGGCCAACGUCCCCUUCAUCACUGUCAAUGGUUCAGAAUUCUUAGAGAUGUUUGUCGGAGUCGGGCCAGCCAGGGUUCGGGAUCUCUUUGUUUUAGCCCGGAAGAAUGCCCCAUGCAUUCUCUUCAUAGAUGAGAUCGAUGCAGUAGGGCGAAAGAGAGGCAGGGGCAACUUUGGUGGGCAGAGUGAACAAGAGAACACACUCAACCAGUUACUAGUCGAGAUGGAUGGAUUUAACACUGCUACCAAUGUUGUGGUGCUAGCAGGCACAAACAGACCAGACAUUCUAGAUCCAGCUUUGAUGAGGCCUGGCCGGUUUGAUAGACAGAUAUACAUUGGGCCACCAGAUAUCAAAGGUAGAGCCUCUAUAUUCAAAGUACAUUUGAGACCACUGAAGCUGGAUACAGAGUUGGACAAAGAAGCUCUGGCAAGGAAAAUGGCUGCCCUAACACCUGGUUUUUCAGGUGCGGACAUUGCUAAUGUGUGCAACGAGGCUGCGCUUAUUGCAGCCCGCUAUCUUUCCGAUGCCAUCGACCAAAAACACUUUGAGCAAGCUAUCGAACGAGUAAUUGGAGGUCUUGAGAAGAAGACUCAGGUGCUGCAGCCCGAGGAGAAAAAGACAGUGGCUUACCAUGAGGCUGGUCAUGCUGUAGCUGGCUGGUUCCUUGAGCAUGCUGACCCCCUGCUUAAAGUGUCCAUCAUCCCACGUGGGAAGGGAUUGGGCUAUGCCCAGUAUUUGCCUAAAGAGCAGUAUCUAUACACCAAGGAGCAACUGUUGGACAGGAUGUGUAUGAUGCUGGGUGGGCGUGUCUCAGAGGAGAUCUUUUUUGGCCGUAUUACCACUGGGGCUCAGGAUGACUUGAAGAAGGUGACACAGAGUGCCUAUGCACAGAUCAUGCAGUUUGGCAUGAAUGAAAAGGUGGGGCAGGUAUCCUUUGACCUGCCGCGGCAAGGAGAGAUGGUUCUGGAAAAACCCUACAGUGAAGCCACAGCACUCCUCAUCGACACAGAGGUCCGGAAUCUCAUCACCUCAGCUUAUGAUCGUACAAAGCAGCUGCUGUCUGAGAAGAAGGCUGAUGUGGAGAAGGUGGCACUGCGUCUACUGGAGAAGGAGGUGCUAGAUAAGAACGAUAUGGUGGAGCUGCUGGGCCAAAGGCCGUUUGCUGAGAAAUCUACUUAUGAAGAGUUUGUGGAGGGAACGGGGAGCAUGGAUGAGGACACAUCACUGCCGGAGGGUCUGAAGGACUGGAACAAAGAGCGCAGCAAUGAGAAGGAGGAGAGCACAGAGGAACAGAUGGCUCGACAGAUCACUGGUGGUAUGCCCUUCUAAGGACACCUUUUUCACAAUGGCCUCUGAGGGGCCCUGGAGGGUCAGAGCACAUCUUUAUAAGAUGAGAAAAUACUGUAAAUGAUGCCCAAGUCAGGCAGACAAUCAUUAAGCCAAGUCUCUGUUCUUCAGGACAGUCCUGAUUGGAGGGCUCUUGCUCAGUUGAAAACUUUGGGCUUGUUUUGUGAAAUUGCAAGGUUCUCCGUUGAUUGGUCAAAAGGGUGUUUAUGAAAUAUAAACUAUUUAAAAUAUUGUAUUAGCUGAAGAUUAUUAUUUUCAGCAAAGCUCCCUGAAAGUAUAAGAAAAUGAUCAAAAAGUCUUCUGUUGAAGGUGAAGUGUAUUUAUGUGACACAUCAGUGCUUUAUGUGCCAAGAAACAAUAUCUUUCUUGUUAUUUCAGUUUUACCUAUCAAUGACCAAGAAGACACACAAAUAGGCAAUUUAUUGUAAAAACAUUAGGUUUAACAUAAAAUUUGAGUGUAAACCUGUACAAUCUAUGAUUAGUCUAUCACACGCACAGAUUGUGUUCACUCUUCCUGUAAAUUCGAUUUCCAUUUAAAAAAAAGUACACUGCAGUGACUGCCACAAUUGUGUGACCUUUUGCAAGGGGACUUCUUGCUCACUAGCUAUUUGAAAGACUGAAAUAUACCAUCAUGAAUGUUGUGGACCGUGCACAAGGUCACCCUUGUUAACUGACAUAUUAUCUUCUCUCAAUACAUUUGCAUUGUCAUGUCACUGUCAUCAUCCUUUGAUUUCCAUGUUGUUUUUUAUCACGUGUCUUCCUGAGUAAAGGGCCAUGUGUUUUUUCAAUGAAGUUUGUCUGGAUCAUUUAUGGCCCAGGCAGCUGCUGACAGCUCUCCAUAGACCAGCUCUUAACCUGGCGGAUUAAACUGUAGCUUGAUUAUACAUUUAGUUAUUUAUUCUACAGAAAUCGAUUUGGUAAUGACGUACACAAAUCCAGCAGCAGGCAGUAGUUCAUCAAGUUAAUGCUAAUUGAGGUGUGUGAUUUUGAAGGUAUGUAAAUUAAUAUUUAUUCUGCAAUACAAAAGCUUUUAUUGUGUCAAAUCCGUCAAGCAUUGGGGUUAUAAACAGAACAUAUCGAUUUAAACGUCCUUUUGUGACUUCAGCAGAUUUUGCUUGAUAUCGCAUGUAAAUGUGUAUCUUGUUCUGUGAAGGUUUGGAACGUGUGAUAAAACCUAAAUAAAUAAAUGA